CUUGAAUGAGGCUUCACAUUCACGUCCUUUCUAUAGCCAAGCGUCUUUAAAAGCUCUAGGAGCUAUAAAGUGAAUAUCGCAGCUAGUUUGGGCAGGCAAACAGAUCCUCAAGCAUCUGACUGCGAGGAACGAAGUAACCCUGGUGUUGAUAUCAGAACAAAAAGGCAUAUAUGGUUAUGAGAACAAGGAGGUACACCACUUUUUCAAAGCCCAGUGAUGGAGCGCCGUCUCAUGAGAGAACUGAACAGAUGGGAAAAGAAUCAAAUGCUAAGUCAAAGUCUGCUGGAGCCCAUCUGUACCACGUUUUGACCCACAACCAUGUAUACAUCAUUAUUUUUCAAUUGAAAAAGUAGUCCAUGACUCACAGUAGAGUUGAAAUUUAUUAGCUCCAAUGAAUAUGUUUAAAAAAUCACAGCGGCCCGGUCGAGUUCAAAUGAUCAUCCUGAAUAAUAGAAAUUAUUGUGUUAUCUUGAGUAGGUAUCCUAACGUCACAGAAAGUAGGUAUAAAAAAAUAAGUUAUCAAAUUUCAAAUCAGUCUUAUAACGUGAGUGUAUUGUUUAUAAUUUCACUAAUAUGUUUCCAUAAUCUCAUGUAUUGUUUUGAAAAUAAUCGAGUAUAAGCUAAUUUAUUGGCUAAUGUUAGCAAAUAUCUGCCUUAGAGCGAAAUCUGGUGAGUAUGGUGAUAGAUUUUUCGAACUUUACAACAACAUAACAAACCCAUCCAAUGGCUACUAUUCGAAAGAAGGCGUUCCAUAUCACUCAGUUGAAACUUUAGUGAUCGAAUCUACGGAUUACGGACACGAAACUGAUUCAGAGGCUUUCAGCUACAACGUUUACCUCAAAGCCAUCUACGGAGCUAUGUCAGGUGAUUUUCAACCAUUCAAUGAAGCUUGGGAUUUAAUUGACCGACACAUGAUUCCAACUCUUCAAUUAAAUACGGACAGAUACAAUCCCGCUGCACCUGGAUCAGCUAGUGGCAUUUCAGUAGGUCAAGAUCCAUUAUUCAAUGAACUCAAAGAAGUGUAUAAUACAACUGAAUUGUAUAUAAUGCAUUGGUUGUCAGAUGUGGAUAAUGUUUAUGGAUUUGGUAAUAUACAAGGAUAAUGCGAAUUAGGGCCUGACGCGGAUGGGCCUUCUUUUAUAAACUUGGGCCAAGGAUCUCUGUGGCAAGGCUUCAACACGCCUACUUGUGACAAUUGGAGUUAUGGUGGAGAAAAAGGAUUUCAGUUUACGACUGGUUGGGCUACAAAGACUUACAACUAUGCCGCUGGCCCAGAUGCUGACGCUCGAGCAAUCCAGGCGGCGUAUUGGGCAUCGCAAUGGACGCAAUCUAAAGGGAAAUUGUCAGGCAUUACUGGAACUCUCUCGAAAGCUGCAAAACUAGGAGAUUUUUUGCGGUAUGCGAUGUUUGAUCAGCAUUUUAAACAAGUUGGUGAUUGUAUUGGUAAAGAAGACUGUCCAGGAGUUAGUGAUAAGGGUAGUGCUCACUAUUUAUUAUCCUGGGGGAUUUCUUGGGGCGGUUCACUAGGUGAUAAUGGAUAUCAUUGGAGAAUGGGGAACUCAGUGUGCUAUUAUGGUUAUCAAAAUUUAGUGGCUGCCCAUGGUUUAUUAAAUGAAGCUAGUAUGAGGCCCAGAGGUGCAACAGCAAUAGAAGAUUGGCAACAUUCUUUAGAAAGACAAUUAGAGCUUUACGAGUAUUUGCAGACGAGCCAAGGAGCUUUUGCAGCUGGAGUUACGAAUAGUUAUAAUAAGAAUUAUGAUGAUCCACCACAAGAGUACAAGGAUCAUUCUUUCUACGGUAUGUGGUUCGACUAUCAGCCAGGCUAUGCAGAUGCUAAUCCCUGGUUUGGGUUCCAGCCAUGGACAGCUGACCGUGUAGCUCAGUACUAUUAUAUUACCGGAAAUGAAAGGGCCAAAAAUAUUACCUCGAAAUGGGUUUCCUGGGUGAUCAGUGAAAUCCAUUUCAACGAAAACGGAGAUUUCACUAUACCCACAAACUUGAAAUGGGAAGGUUUACCUCCCAACACUGUUGUGACAAUAACGGGACGUGGAACUGGUGCUAAUAGUGCCUCCUGCACAGCAAGAACUUUAGCAUAUUACGCUGCUCGUUCGGGCGACACUCAAGCUAGGGAAGUCUCUAAAAAACUAUUGGACGCUCUAUGGAGCUUCCAUCAAACUGAUAAAGGUUAUGCCAAUGUUGAAACAUUUACCCAAUAUAGUAAUUUUAAUAAUCCAUUGUUCCUUCCCCUCGCCAAUUGGAGCGGUAUCUACCCUAACGGAGACGUGAUCAAUUCAAAUUCAACAUUCCUUAGCGUGCGAUCUUGGUUUAAAAAAGAUCCAAAUUGGGAAAAAGUACAGAAGUAUUUGGAUGGUGGAGAAGCCCCAUCUUUCCCUGUACACAGAUUUUGGGAAAAUGCUGACUUGGCAAUAUCGCUUGCUGUUUAUGAUAUGCUUUUCAAUAAAUAGAAUGUUUUGUUUUCGAUAAAUCAAUGAAUUUUAAACUUACUCAUCGUCACUGGCUUCAGUUGUUGUACUAGCUUUGGGCCGUCUUAUGUUGACAUAUUCUAAUGAUGAUUUGGUACGUAAAGACUUAUUUUCUUUUACUUUGUCCUUUUCAACUUCUUUUUCUUCCUCAUUUUCAGUAGUUUUAGAUGUUGG